AUGUCUGAUAAACCAGUCGUAGCUAGUGGAGCUCAGCCUAUCGUGAAAAUUGGGCAUUAUACAUUAGGUGCUACACUUGGCGUAGGAACGUUUGGUAAAGUAAAAAUUGGUGAACAUCAGCUGACAAAGCACAAAGUGGCUGUUAAAAUUCUCAAUAGACAAAAAAUAAAGUCCCUCGAUGUCGUUGGUAAAAUCAGGCGGGAAAUUCAAAAUCUAAAACUUUUUAGACAUCCACACAUUAUUAAAUUGUAUCAAGUAAUAUCAACUCCAACUGACAUUUUUAUGAUAAUGGAGUAUGUUUCUGGUGGAGAACUGUUUGACUAUAUAGUAAAACGUGGAAAACUGCAAGAGCAUGAAGCCCGUCGAUUCUUCCAACAAAUUAUAUCAGGAGUAGAUUAUUGUCAUAGACAUAUGAUUGUACAUCGAGAUCUAAAACCGGAAAACCUUUUACUAGAUCACAAUAUGCAUGUCAAAAUUGCUGAUUUUGGUCUGUCCAAUAUGAUGAUGGAUGGAGAGUUUUUAAGAACAUCUUGUGGAUCACCAAAUUAUGCAGCACCAGAGGUUAUAUCAGGUAAACUCUAUGCUGGUCCUGAAGUGGAUGUAUGGUCAUGUGGAGUUAUUUUAUAUGCUCUACUCUGCGGUACACUACCAUUUGACGAUGAGCAUGUCCCAACAUUAUUUAGGAAGAUAAAGUCUGGAAUAUUUCCUAUACCAGAAUAUUUAAAUAAGAGUGUAGUUAGUCUCUUGUGCAAUAUGAUGCAAGUUGAUCCUAUGAAAAGGGCAACUAUCGAGGAUGUGAAGAAACAUGAUUGGUUCCAAAAGGAUCUUCCUGACUACCUAUUUCCUUCCCCUGUUGAGCAGGACAGUGGAGUAAUCGAUACAGAGGCGAUUGCGGAGGUCUGCGAAAAAUUCAGUGUUCGUGAACACGAGGUUCAUAGUGCGUUACUCUCUGGUGAUCCACACGAUCAGCUGGCCAUCGCAUACCAUCUUAUCAUUGAUAACAAGCGUAUGGCAGACGAAGCGGCUCGUGCGGAAGUUAAGGAUUUUUAUGUAGCGAAUAGCCCACCCACGGCGACAGAAACACACCGUCCGCAUCCCGAACGAAUCGCGCCCUUAAGAGACAAGUCGUCUCCCGCUGCGCAACCCGCAGCGGACAAACAGCGCGGGACACCUGUCAAACGAGCCAAGUGGCACUUAGGUAUCCGAUCGCAGAGUAAGCCCAAUGACAUAAUGCUGGAAGUCUUCCGUGCUAUGAAAGCCCUGGACUAUGAGUGGAAAGUGAUUAACCCUUAUCAUGUUAGGGUUCGUACACUCAACAGAAUGACACAGAAAUACGUAAAAAUGUCGCUCCAACUGUACCAAGUAGACUAUAAAUCAUACCUGUUAGACUUCAAAUCCCUCUCCGGGGAGCGAGAGGAGACAGACGAAGAAGGAGCGUCCCCCCUCGCGCAGACUCCUGUCACACCAGUCAAUAUACCCACGGCCCCACAAGGACACCACACUAUGGAGUUUUUCGAAAUAUGCGCGGCUCUUAUUAUACAACUCGCUCGGUAG